AUGAUCCAUGAGGUCCAGUACCCCACCUGGCUGUCCAACCCUGUCAUGGUCAAAAAGGAUGUCGGAGGAUGGAGGAUGUGUGUCGACUUCACCGACCUUAACAAGGCCUGCCCCAAAGAUUGCUACCCUCUGCCGAGGAUAGACGCCCUCGUCGACUCGGCAAUGGGACAUGAGAUCCUCUGCUUCCUAGAUGCCUUCAAAGGCUACCAUCAAAUAGAAAUGAGUGAGGAGGACCAAGAGAAAACAGCGUUCUACACCGACCAAGGUGUUUACUGCUAUACUACCAUGCCGUUCGGGCUAAAAAACGCCGGGGCGACCUAUCAAAGGCUGAUCAACCGCCUCUUCAAAGAUCAAAUUGGCCGCAUUGUGGAGGCCUACGUGGACGACAUUCUAGUCAAAAGUUUAACCACUUCGGCCUUCUUAUCAGAUGUACGGGAGGUCUUCGGCGUCCUGCGGAACUCGAGGAUGAAGUUAAAUCCCAAGAAGUGCGUCUUCGGUGUCACCUCAGGGAAAUUCUUGGGGUACCUGGUUUCCCACCGGGGAAUCGAAGCUAACCCCGACAAAGUCAAGGUCAUUCAGGACAUGUCCCCACCUCGGAACCUCCGAGAAGUCCAGAGACUAAACGGACGCCUGGCCGCGCUGAACAGCUUCCUGUCUCAAUCUGCUGAGAAAGCCUUGCCCUUCUUUAAGGUGCUAAAGAAGGCUGACCAAUUUGCCUGGACCGAAGAGUGCCAGGCUGCCUUCGAUAAAUUAAAACAAUAUUUACACCACCUGCCAACCCUCGCCUCACCUCGGCCCGAAGAAAAGCUGUACCUCUACCUCUCCGCCGCCGACGAAGCUGUCAGUGCUGUGCUCAUCCGAGAUGAAGGCACCCAAGUGCCGGUCUACUAUGUCAGCCGAGCUCUCCGUGGGCCGGAGACUCGGUAUACCCAGGUCGAAAAACUCGUGCUCGGGUUGGUCUACGCAACUCGGCGGCUGAAACCAUACUUUCUAGCUCAUCCCAUUUUUGUCAGGACAGACCAGCCUAUUCGACAGAUACUGGUCCGGCCCGAGGCUUCCGGGCGCUUCACCAAGUGGGCUGUCGAAUUGGGGGAGUACGACCUGUCGUAUGAGCCGCGCACCGCCAUAAAAGCUCAAGCCUUAGCCGACUUUCUAGCCGAGAUCACCUUCGCGGAAGGCCAGGAAUCCACCUCCGUAAUUGCCGAAGUGUCCACCUCACCCUCGUGGACGUUGUAUGUUGACGGAUCCUCUAAUGGGGAUGGCAGCGGGGCAGGACUGCUCCUGGAGGGCCCCCAGGGAGAAGUGUGCUCGUAUGCCCUCCGUUUUGGCUUUCCGGCCACCAAUAAUGAGGCCGAAUACGAGGCCUUGAUCGCGGGACUCCAGCUAGCCCGCAGGCUCGGUGCCCAGCGGAUCCACGUCCGCAGUGACUCCCAACUUGUAGUAUGCCAAGUUCUCGGUGAAUAUGAGGCCAAGGAUGAGAUCAUACAACGAUAUCUCUCCAAAGUCCACCAACUCACCGCAUACUUCGAGUCUUUCGAAAUUCAAAGAAUCCCCCGCUCCCAGAAUAGGCGGGCUGACGCCUUAUCCCGGCUGGCUUCCACAUCAUUUUCUGACCUCAACAAGACCGUCUUAGUGGAAGAAAUCCUCCCCGAGGAUCGAGCCGAGGCAAGAAAGAUACAACGCAAAGCCGCUCGGUAUGCUCUCCGCGAUGGAGAACUCUAUAAACGCUCCUACCUUGGCCCAUGGUUGAGGUGCGUCACGCCCGAGGAAGGACGCCAGGUUCUCCACGAGGUACACGAAGGCCUAUGUGGGGCCCACGUCGGGCAUAGGAUGUUGGCCAAGAAGACCUUGCUCCUUGGGUAUUUCUGGCCUUCCGUCCGACAGGAUGCCCAAAACCUUGUUCUCGGUUGCCCAUCCUGCCAAAUCCAUGCCCCCGAGCACCACCAGCCCUCAAAUUUCAUGGUUCCAAUCACCUCACCCUGGCCGUUUGAGCAAUGGGGGACAGACAUCAUUGGCCCUUUCCCAAAAGCGGUCGGGGGUUAUACCUUCCUGGUAACCGCUGUGGAUUAUUUCACUAAGUGGGUUGAGGCCGAGCCUCUAAGGAACAUCACAGGGCUGGCCGUUCAAAAAUUCUUUUGGAAAUGCAUUAUCUGCCGCUUCGGCAUACCUCAGAUCAUCAUCUCAGACAAUGGAAGACAUUUUGCCGAGAACCCAUUUAAGACUUGGUGCGAGAACCUCGGCAUCAAACAACACUUCACUUCGGUAGGCCACCCUCAGACCAACGGUCAAGCAGAGAAUUUCAACCGAACUCUCUUGCAUGGCCACAAGACCCGACUACACCAAACUGGAUCAUCUUGGGUGGAAGAACUACCCAGUGUCCUGUGGUCAUAUCGGACCACGCCGAGGUCAUCCACGAAAGAGACCCCCUUCUCCUUGACCUAUGGAGCCGAGGCUGUCAUACGGAGAAGAGAGACAGUUGGAUCUCGACCUCAUCGACGAGAGAAGGGACAUUGCCUCAACUCGGGUAGCUUCCUACAAGAACACCCUGUCCCACUACUACAAUGCCCGCGUCAAACAUCGGCGAUUCCUGCCAGGUGA